AUGGCUGUGUCUAAACUGCCAAACCCAUCGUCCAGCCACAACAGGCCCCAGUCCAGCAACCACCGGCCCAACCCAAACCCCAGGCACAACCUCAGCAGCAGCCCAAGCCCACUCCCACCCAUCAACAACAGCCACAACAGCCACAACAUCAACAACAACCACAACAUCAACAACAACAGCAACAUCAGCCUCAGCAACCUUACUCCCAGUAUCCCCAAUCCAACCAGUACCAUCCACAACAGCAGCAGCAGCAGCAGGCUUACCCGCAGCCUAGCCAAGCACACCCAUCUCCCGGCUUGCAACAACGCCAUCCUCAGCCUCACACAGGACCACCUCACCACGUUGGACCUCAACAAAGCGGCCCGCAACAAGGCUUCAAAUCAGAUCCUUAUGCUCAGCGAGGUCCUUCUGCUCAAGGAGGUCCCAACCAGCCUAGGAUCCCACACCCAGGAGCGGUACCUCUUCCGGGCUUGGCUAAAGCACCAUCGCAGCCAGAUUUGGGUCGUGGUGGUUCGCCGAUGCAUCAGCAGAUUCCGCGUCAGCCGGACCACACCAGGAGUGCGGGGUCUUCUCCAGCGCACCGGCCGCAACGAGUGGACCGCAUGCGCCAAUGGGAUCAUGGUUGAACCAAGCUAG